AUGGCAGAACCUCCACGGACGGACCCAAUCCCCGAGAGUCACCAAGAAGAAGACGCGGGAGCAGUUUUCGUUCUUCAAUCAAAAGGGGAAUGGUGGGAUGCAGGGUAUCAUCUCACAACGGCAAUAGUGUCACCACUAAUAUUGACUCUACCGUUCGCCUUUAGAGGGUUAGGGUGGGGACUAGGUUUAUUCUGCUUAACACCUAUGGCAGUCAUCACCUUCUACUCUUGCUACCUCAUGUCCAAGGUCCUCGACCACUUCGAGAAAGUGGGUCAUCGCCAUCUCCGAUUCCGUGAGCUCGUCACCGAUGUAUUAGGAUCGGGAUGGAUGUUUUAUUUUGUAAUAUUCAUCCAAAUGGCCAUCAACACUGGAAUUGGAGUAGGAUCCAUUUUGUUCGCAGCUCUACUCCUUGAGUAUAUAUCGUAUGAUUAUAUGGGUUUUAAUUCUGCCAUGCCAUCAAUACAGGCAACUCUUGCUCCACCUGCAACUGGGAAAAUGGUCAAAGCGCUUCUCAUGUGUUACACCGUAAUUUUCAUCACAUUCUACUCUGUUGCAGUGUCUGGUUACUGGGUUUAUGGAAACAAAUCCAGUUCAAACAUCCUCAUUAGCCUCAUGCCGACUGACGGAUAUUCUUUGGCCCCAACAUGGGUUCUUGAGCUUGCCAUCUUCUUCCUUCUCCUUCAGAUCUUUGCCAUUGGUCUGGUUUACUCUCAAGUUGUUUAUGAGAUAAUGGAAAAGAAAGCAGGUGAUGUGAAGCAAGGGAUGUUUUCCAGAAGGAACCUUAUUCCUCGGUUGAUUCUUCGAACCCUGUACAUGGUAUUCUGUGGGAUUUUGGCAGCUAUGCUUCCAUUUAUUGGAGACAUUAGUAGUGUAGUAGGAGCAAUUGGCUUCAUCCCACUGGAUUUCAUCCUCCCAAUGCUUAUGUACAACAUGAUUUGCAAGCCUCAAAGAUCUUCCCUUACCUAUUGGAUCAACAUCUCUAUCGUCAUUGUCUUCACAUGUGCAGGAAUAAUGGGCUCAUUCUCCUCCAUAAGGAAAUUGAUUCAUGAUGCUAACAAGUUUAACCUCUUCAGCGAUGAUGUUGUUGGUUGA